UCUCUCUCUCUCUCUCUCUCCCUCUCCCCGGCUGCUCCUGGCUCAAAGUGUUCACUUCAUCUCUGUCUCACCGCGACACGCGAGAGCGAGGGGCACAGAUAGAGAGCUCGUCAUGCUGAGGAACGGCGCAUACAGGAGCAUGUACCAGGGAGAGGAGGCGAGGCUGCGCAGCGGGGGUCUGGCUGUGGCUCGGGAGAGGAAACACCUUGCUCUUUGCAUUAAUAACCAGGAAGAAGUGAAGAGAUAUCACCGCUACUGUAAUCACAGUCACGGGGCAGCAGUUCCCAAGGUGGAGAGAAGCCACCCUCGUAAGAGUGAGGAAGCAGAUGACAAUAGCCCCCGUCGUCGUGAGCAACAACUGGAAAUGAAGGCUAUUGUCAUCCAGCGGGCCUGGCGCGCGAGCACGUCCCGCACAGGGAGCCGCCAGGGACAAGGCCAGAACCGGGACGGCCAUCGCCCCGGUGAGACGGCGCCCCCUGACAGCCAGCGGGACCCCCCCGGGAUGACCACCAACAUGUCUCCGGAGCAGCGGAAGAGCCUCCAGAGUGGGCUGCAGAGUGAUCACCUGACCACGGACCUAGACAACAUGGCGCCCAUUGAGACCAAGGUGUUAAUUAUCCAGCGGGCUUGGCGCCAUUUCCUCCAGAGACAGGAAGUGGAGAAGAGGAGCCCCUCACCGCCGUCCCUCUCCUCCUCUGACAAGAUGAGCAUGUCCAUCAGCAUGACGACCCUGUCAGACGGGAGCACCCCGGACUACCGGGAGGAUGGCAUGGACCUGGGCAGUGACGCCUCCAGUCGCUCCAGCUCAGAGUCCAACUCCAACAAGGUCACACCUUGCUCCCCUUGUCUUGACCUGGCUAACUUGGAGGACUACAAAUCCUCUCCCUCUCCAGAUCUGGUCACCUUAGACGACUAUGAGGAGGAUGAGGACUACCAAGAGUAUAAGAAGAAGGUGAUCGAGGAGUGGGAGAGUGAGUAUGGAGAGGACUACGCCUCUCCGCAGCCUCCUGGUCAAGAGGAAGGCGGAGGAGGCCUUGUGGGGGUCGACGGCCUUGGCGAAGGCUAUCGGAAGGCCGUGAACAGUCGCAGCCUCGCUGAAGAAUUCCAGGAUGUGAAGCCCGUCCCACCCCUUCCUGCCUCCGGCGGGAGCACUGCCACCUCCGCUGCUGCCGUCCCAGAGGAACUGAAACAGAACGGCAAUCUGAUUGUGCCCCGGAGCCGCCAGCUCCCUUCCCCCGGUGCCCCACAGGGGGGCACGGGGGCCUCCAGGCCCCGCCACCGCAGCGCCAGCCAAUGCAAGGGAAGCCGCAGCACUGGCGGCGGGGGUGCCGGCAGUGCCGGAGGAGGCAGUGGUGGGACUAGGGGGCGGAUGAGGGGACACAAAGAGGCGGAGGGUGUAGAGGAGGAGCCGCUGCCCACCAUGGACUGGGCCGCCCUGGAGAGACACCUGGCUGGGCUGCAGUGCAGAGAGCAGGAGAACCAGAACCUCAACCACAACCAGAACCACAACAUGGGCAAGACCGCCUACACCUCGGCCCAAAAGAAUGAGAGGGAGUCAAUCAGGCAGAAGUUGGCCCUCGGCAGUUUCUUUGACGAUGGGCCGGGCAUCUACACCAGCUGCAGUAAGAGCGGCAAACCCAGCCUGUCCUCACGGCUGCAGAGUGGGAUGAACCUACAGAUCUGCUUUGUCAACGACAGCGGCAGCGACAAGGACAGCGAUGCAGACGACAGCAAGACAGAGACCAGUCUGGACACACCUCUGUCCCCCAUGUCCAAGCAGAGUUCGUCCUACUCCGACAGGGACACCACAGAGGAGGACUCCGAGUCUCUGGAGGACAUGGACUUUGUUAGUCGACAGAAGAAGCUGCAGGCGGAGGCCAAGCUGGCCCUGGCUAUGGCCAAGCCGAUGGCCAAGAUGCAAGUGGAGGUGGAGAAACAGAAUCGCAAGAAGUCCCCAGUGGCCGACCUGCUUCCACACAUGCCUCACAUCAGUGAGUGUCUAAUGAAAAGAAGCCUGAAGCCCACCGACUUGAGAGAUAUGACGCUGGGGCAGCUCCAAGUUAUAGUCAACGACCUGCACUCCCAGAUUGAGAGUCUGAAUGAGGAGCUUGUACAGUUGCUGCUGAUUAGGGAUGAACUACACAUGGAGCAAGAUGCCAUGCUGGUUGACAUAGAGGACCUCACCAGGCACGCUGAGAGCCAGCAGAAACAUUUGGCUGAGAGGACCCUAUCCAAAUAAGAAGCCCGAACCCACUCCACCUUGCUCCCCUCUGCCCAGCUAAGCUCCCGCUCCCAACCAGACUCCCCCCCCCCCCCUCUGGCCAUUCCACCUCUGCCCCAGCGUCGGCCCAAAUCCCGCCCACUUGUCCCAAGUAUUUUCCCCGCGUCGACCUUUGACCUUCCUGUCCACCCCGCUGACUCCAGUGGUAGCAGCACAGAAGAAGGCCACCCUGUUUCGUUUUCGCUCCUGUGGUUUUCUCCCAGCGCUGAGGACAGAUGUGCACUUCCUGCUUCCUGGGAGAACAGGGAAUUGAUUGUGUGUUGUCAUGGAUUCUGUCCCCAGCUUCCUGUGCAGUGAUUGGCCUCGCUUUGCUACUGUUUCUUUUUAAAAUUUCUACAUUCGCCACUAAAUUAUAACUGUCAAAUGCAAAAAAUGUGGGAAAAAAAAUGAAAUAAUAGUGAAAAAUUUAGUAGAAAGUCAGUUGUGCGAAAAAUAAACAACGCUGUAUAAAAAAAGAAAAUUAACAAAGAGAUGGAAACUAACUUCUUCAGACCAUUUUAAGUUGGACAGUAAUUUUCAAGUAUUUCAAAGUCAACCUGUUUUUAUUCUGCACAAAUGGUAGUUUUCAACUGAGAAAUGUUUAUUUGAAGGUGCUAAAAGAGUGUAAAGGAAACAUGCCUGCCUUGUAGUGGAGUCGUAGCUUUUGGUAAUACGUUCACUCUAAUUGCUCUUCAACAUUUUGUGAAUGUUGAUUUUCUGACACGAGUCAUUUCAAAUGAGUAAGUGUGUUAAAAUCGUUUUCAUUCUACUGUAAUCAAAAAUUUUAUUUGAGGGAAGAAAUGUUUAUGUACAGAUAUGUAAAAUAAAGAAUAAACUUUGUUUCAUAUA